AUGGCCUUUCAACACAUGCAACCUCAUUUUGUGUUGGUUCCAUUGUUUGCUCAAGGCCACAUGAUUCCCAUGAUAGACAUGGCAAAGAUCUUGUCCGAGCAAGGAGUGGCUGUAACAUUGCUCAGCACCCCUCAAAACGCCUUAAGGUUUGAGCAAACAAUUUGUAGAGCAUCACAAUCUGGCCUUCCAAUCCACCUCUUGCAAAUCCCAUUUCCUUGCCAACAAGUGGGGCUUCCAUUAGGCUGCGAGAAUCUCGACACUUUGCCAUCAAGAACCCUCCUCAGAAAGUUCUACAAUGCACUUGACAUGCUUCAAGAGCCCUUGGAACAAUACCUCCAGAGCCAUGUUUCUCCGCCAAGUUGUAUUAUCUCAGACAAGUGUCUGUCUUGGACGUCCAUAACAGCCUCCAAGUUCAACAUUCCAAGGCUUGUUUUCCAUGGAAUGUCUUGCUUCUCAUUGCUCAGCUCCUACAAUAUCAAACUCACCAAUGCUCAUCUUUCUGUCAACUCUGACUCGCACCCUUUUGUCAUACCUGGAUUGCCUCAAAGGGUAGAGAUAACAAGAGCACAGCUUCCGGGGGCGUUUGUUUCUCUACCUGACUUGGAUGACUUCAGGGACAAAAUGGUUGAGGCUGAAAUGUCUUCUUAUGGGAUUGUGGUAAACAGCUUUGAAGGAUUGGAACAAGGGUGUGCUGAGGAGUAUGAGAAGGUUAUGAAUAAGAAAGUUUGGUGCAUAGGUCCAGUGUCGUUGUGUAACAAGGAGAGUUUGGACAAGUUUGAGAGAGGGAACAAGCCUUCCAUUGAAGAGAAACUAUGCUUGGAAUGGCUCAACUUAAUCACACCAAGGUCAGUUAUUUAUGUGUGUCUUGGUAGCUUAUGUAGGCUUGUUCCAUCACAACUAAUUGAACUUGGGUUGGCUUUGGAGGCAUCAAACAGACCGUUUAUAUGGGUAGUCAAAACUAUAGGAGACAAUUUUUCUGAGCUAGAAAAGUGGUUAGAAGAUGAGAAUUUUGAGGAAAGGGUCAAAGGGAGAGGUCUUUUGAUUAAGGGAUGGGCACCACAACUGCUAAUACUCUCUCACCCCGCAAUUGGAGGAUUCUUGACUCACUGUGGCUGGAAUUCCACCAUAGAAAGUGUUUGCUCUGGGGUGCCAAUGAUAACGUGGCCUUUGUUUGCUGAACAAUUUUUAAAUGAAAAAUUGAUUGUUGAAGUUCUCAAGAUUGGAGUUAGGAUAGGGGUUGAGGUCCCUGUAAGGUUUGGUGAUGAAAACAAAAGUGGGGUUCUGGUGAAGAAAACUAAAAUCAUGGAAGCUAUAGAGGUGGCUAUGGAGGGAGGAGAAGAAGGAGACAAGAGGAGAAGCCGAACAACAGAACUUGGAAACAUUUCUAGAAGGGCUCUAGAAGAUGAAGGUUCAUCACGCUUCAACAUUUCGUGCUUAAUUCAAGAUAUAAUGAAACAACAUUAG